CGACUUGUCAGUUACCCUCUCUCUCUCUAAGUAGUAACGACUUCCUCCUGUUUUCCUCCGCUGCCUUUCUCCAGAUCCCAUCCAUCCAUCCAACCUCUCCUCAUCCACCUCUUACCUUUCCAUCCCCUCCAAAUCCCUUUAUUUUACCAAUAAGUCAAUUUUAUAUAAAUACUUUCCAAAAUGAUUUUGCUAAUUAAAUCACCAUAUUAAUAAAAUUAAUAUCAUAUCAACUGCACAUUUACCCUUUCCUUACUGAAUUCUGAAUGCUGGUUUUACACAUCUGUUUUACUUCCUAACCCUAGUUACUCUGCAUUAAUAAUAAAAGCUUUUAGGCCUGCCACCGCCAAUCAAAAUCGACGAAAAUAAAAAAAAGUAUGGUUUUUCUUAUAAUAAGAAAUUUCUUGUUCUUAAUGGGUUUCGGUUCCAUGAACAUCCAGAGUGCAUGAAAGUGAAACCCUUUUGUUCAAUUGAAUCACAAAAAUCCAUCACAGCCCCAUUCUUUCCUUUCUUCAGGGUUCCCAGAUUGUUGAUUCAACACCAAUGACACCAUUGAAAUCUGCUCCAGACCCCAAAAAUAAGGAGGAGCAUUCUGUUAAGCUCUCCCCAAAAAAGGAGACUCCGACUGACUCCCCAGGAAGUCCACGAAAUCGAAAGGUUACUGCCAGAUGGGAGCCAGAUGAACCAUGCAGACCUGCAGUUGAUGACGCUCCUGUAUUCUAUCCUACUGCCGAGGAAUUUGAGGACACGCUUGGCUACAUAUCAAAGAUACGUGCAAAAGCAGAACCAUUCGGGAUAUGUAGAAUUGUUCCUCCAGCUUCCUGGAGGCCACCCUGCCAUCUUAAGGAAAAAGAAAUAUGGGAAAAUGCCAAAUUCUCUACAAGGAUUCAGCAAGUCGACUUGCUUCAAAAUAGAGAACCCAUGAGGAAGAAACACAAAAGCCGAAAGCGGAAGAGGAGGCGGCACUCUAAGUUUGGGAACACGAGGAGACGCACCAAUUCAUGUUCAGCAGGAGCAAAUGUUGUUCCCGAGAACGAGGAGAAGUUUGGGUUCCAGACGGGAUCCAAUUUUACAUUCGCUGAGUUCCAGAAGUAUGCCGAAUAUUUCAAAGCAUGUUACUUUCAAAGGAAAGAUUCCUCCGGAGAGGAUGUCAAGGAAGAACAUCAGAAGUUUGAGCAGCCUCCACUUGAUGUCAUUGAAGGUGAAUAUUGGCGAAUCAUUGAGCAACCAACAGAUGAAGUUGAGGUUUACUAUGGUGCUGACUUGGAAACAGGAAUAUUUGGAAGUGGGUUUCCUAAGCCGUCAUCAAUGAUAACAGGCGACAAGCAAGAUCAGUACGUGGUCUCUGGUUGGAAUCUGAAUAACUUCCCUCGUCUGCCAGGUUCUGUACUUGGCUUUGAGGAAUGUGAUAUCUCAGGGGUUCUAGUGCCAUGGCUGUAUGUUGGAAUGUGCUUCUCAUCAUUUUGUUGGCAUGUGGAGGACCAUCACCUGUAUUCUCUGAACUAUGUACACUGGGGAGACCCGAAGGUAUGGUACGGUGUCCCUGGAACUCAUGCUUCAACCUUGGAGUCCGCAAUGAGAAAGCAUUUGCCCGAUUUGUUUGAAGAACAACCUGGUUUACUUCAUGAACUGGUUACCCAACUCUCUCCCUCAGUUCUCAAGGCUGAAGGCGUGCCUGUAUAUCGGGUGGUCCAGCACUCUGGAGAGUUUGUUCUUACUUUCCCUAGGGCAUACCAUGCUGGUUUCAAUUGUGGUUUCAACUGUGCCGAGGCAGUGAAUGCGGCCCCAGUUGAUUGGUUGGUGCAUGGACAAAAUGCAGUUGAGCUCUACAGUGAGCAGUGCCGCAAGACAUCCAUAUCCCAUGACAAACUUUUAUUCGGAGCAGCAAUGGAUGCAGUUCAGGGUCUAUUGGAACUUGAAUCUCUUGACAAAGAAUCUCCAGGAAAUUUUAGGUGGAGAAGUGUUUGCGGUAAGGAUGGAUUGCUAACCAGAGCUGUUAAGGCGCGGGUAGAGAUGGAGAAUGAGAGAAUACAAGUCCUACCAGAUCAGUUCAAACAGCAAAAGAUGGAGGAACCCUCUGAUUUGAACAGUGAGAGAGAAUGCUUCUCAUGUUUUUAUGACUUGUACCUAUCUGCUGCAACUUGCAACUGCUCCACUAAACAGUUUGCAUGUCUCAAACACGCUAAGCAUGUUUGCUCUUGUGAACCGGAACAACGAUACGUGCUUUUACGUUAUACCAUGGAUGAGUUGAGUAGCCUUGUUGAUGCAUUGGAAGGAGACGUAGCAGCCAUGAAAUUGUGGGCUUCUGAUAAUUUUGGUAGCAGUUUGGUUUCUGCUCAUAAUCCGAAGGAAGGACCAUCAGAUUCUUCCCCUAGUACAGAUGAAAUGGUGGGCUCAUGUGGCUCGAACAGCCAUGCUUCUUCAGAUGUAAUCCAGUCUGAUAAUAAAAACGUAUUUAGCAAUAUUGAAGGUUCGGCAUUGCAAACUGGAGCUGGUGAUGCUAAAGAAGAGGUAUGCAUUGAUCUGAACCUUGAUGCUGUGUCUACUGUACGCGCAAGGGAAUCUCUGGAUGCAUCUCAGAGCUCCAGUAGCAGCAGAAUGAUCUCUGAUGAUGAUUGUAAACAAGAGAAACUUGUUCCAGAAGACACUGAUGUAGUUGGUAAGAAGCUGUUUGGUGUUGAUCUAAUGUUCUCACAUCAUCAGUUCUCAGCAAUCCCGUCAAUGAGCUUGCAAACUGAUGGAGUCAGUCACACCGAGUCUAUUGAGCUGCUAAACCUUGGUUCUGUUAUAUUUAGAAAACUCUGGCACAGUGCACAAGCCAUAUUCCCAAAAGGAUUCAGAACCCGGUCCAAGUUCUUCAGCGUGAAUGAUCCUAGGAAGAUUUGCUACUACACUUCCGAAGUUGUGGAUGCUGGGCUACUCGGUCCUCUAUUUAAGGUUUCAUUUGAGGAAUACCCGAGUGAGGCAUUCACAAAUUUCUCAGCAGAGAAGUGCUGGGAAGUCGUGUUGCAGCGGGUGAAUGAGGAGAUUUUAAGACGGACUAGGCUAGGAGAGGAAGGAUUGCCCCCUCUUCAAAGCCGAAUCAGUGGCUUGCAAAAGUUUGGAUUCCUCUCUUCGUCCAUUGUACAGGCCAUUGAAGCUCUCGAUCCAGAUCAUCAAUGUAAGGAGUACUGGAAUAACAAGCAACUCGUGAACAAAAAUAAGGCAAUUAAACUCCAACAACACCAAUCCAUUGAUUCGCAUGAAAAAGCGCAGCAAAUAAUGCAAGGACUGUUGCAGAAAGCAAGUCCUGAAGAACUGAAAAUAAUGAAGACCAUGUUCUGCAGCGAGGCACAGAGUGCUGAAUGGAAUGUGGCAUUCAAGACAUUGAUGGAACAGCAGUUGCAGAAAUGAAGAUAGUAGGAUGAUAACAGAAAAGAAGAAGCAGGAAGAUUAAUGGAGUUUUAGGUCCCUAGUUCACAACCAACCCACAAUUCUUUCUUGAUUCUUCAAUGUAGCAUCCCAAUUCAUUAGGUAAAAUUGGAUUUAGGCCUCAAUUCUUUUUCAUAGAAGGAAAAAAAGCAAAACCCUAGCUUGCUUGGGCAGACACAGAUUGAAUUGGCUGCUACUAGGGAGUGGGUGCACAGGUUGCUUUUGUAGGAUGAUGCUCCAACUCAAUAACCCAGCCUUUGUUUGCUGUUCUGCCAUUUUAACCCACCAUAGCCAUUGUAAAACAUUCAGGGAUUGUCCAUUGCUAAUGAAAUAGGGGUUUCAGUUUCAUUUCCAGUUCAAUUUCCCCAU